CACAAUGAUAUUUCUCCUGCUGCGUCUGCACUCUCAGCCCUCUCUGGUUCCCCUCUACACUCCUUUCGAAGACACUGCCAUGGUCAUGCCCAACAUCCAUUCAUUCUUGUCCCUCGAGUCCCUCUAUCAUCCUUCCUUGGCUCAUGCUUGACACUGUUCCUGGCCUGAGUAUGAGAAAAUUCAUUUUCAACAUUACCAUUUCCAAUCACCACCGCCUCUCUUCACUCCUCUGCUCGCAUCUCCCUCCAAACGCUGGUUAGGCAAUGGGGGUUUCUGCGAAACAUGGUCUGAGGGAACUUGAGCAAACGCUAAGCACUCCUGCUGCCAUCUCCCAGCCUGUUCCCGUGCCCCAACCUCGUCCACGUUCACCUUCUUCUCCUGGUACCGAAUCCACCGACUCUCAAACCCCGACUCGUCUCCAGCAAUUCGAUGACGAUGUCUCCGAACAGCAUGUGCCUGUGCACCAACAUGAUCCCAAGAAACUUGUCACCUUUGGAGCCCACGAUGCCGACAACCCAUACAAUUGGUCAAAGCCCAAGAAGGUGUUCAUAGUCGUCGCUGGCAUUAUCAUGGUUAUCAACAGCACCCUAGAGUCCUCCCUCCCUAGCGGUGCUAUCGAAGCUCUUCGCCAAUAUUUCAAUGUCCAAGAUUCAGUACAGUUUCCCUUGCCGAUAUCAUGUUUUGUAGCAGGGUAUUGCGUUGGUCCGACCAUUGCCGCUCCAUUGUCUGAGUAUAUUGGAAGGAAGCCUGUCAUGCUUGGCUUCUUCCUGGUUGCAACCGUCUUCACCAUGGCAUGUGCCUUGGCUCCCAGCUGGCCGCUGCUGUUGUUCUUCCGUUUUGUGAGUGGCCUUGGUGCAUCUGGUCCUAUCGGUAUCGUUGGGGGCAUGUACGCCGACCUCUACGAUGAUCCGCGGCAACGAGGAACGAGUAUGGCUUGGUUCAUGGUUGCCACCACAGCAGGCCCCAUCAUUGCCCCUCCGAUCUCUGGUUUCAUUAGCCAAUCCGCCAGCUGGCGUUGGGUAUUUUGGUUUGGCUUCAUCUUUGCCGCCGUCACUAUUCCCAUCAUUCUCAUAAUGCCCGAAACCUAUGCUCCCGUUCUUCUUCGCCGGAAAGCUAGACAAAUGCGCAAUGACACGGGAGAUCACGAAUGGGUGGCAAAGUCGGAACUUGAAAAGAAGAGUUUCCAACACAUCCUCACCGUCGUCAUGACACGGCCCUGGCGCAUGCUCUUCCAAGAGGUCAUUGUCAUGUGUGUCUGUGCCUAUUGUGCUCUGGCAUAUGGAAUCUUCUACCUUUAUUUCCAAGCCUACCCCAUUAUUUUUCAGGGACCCAAUUCCGUUUAUAAAUGGUCACCAGGAGUCGCCGGUUUGGCAUUCUUACCAAUUACUCUCGGCGCGGUGGCUUCUGCCCCUGUUUGGAUGUGGUGGGAUGCGUACGUGGCCAAGGCUCGAAAAAGGAAUGCGCCGUGGACUCAGCAAGAAGAAUACAACCGGCUACCCCUCGCAUGCAUCGGAGGACCACUCUAUGUCAUUGCGCUCUUCUGGAUCGGCUGGAGUGCCCGAGAAGGUACCCAUUGGAUCGUCCCAACCUUGUCAGGCGUGCCCUUUGGGAUGGGCUUCCUUCUUAUAUUCAUGGCCUUGCUUAAUUAUCUGACCGAUGCAUAUGAGACCUUUGCCGCCAGCGCCCAGUCCAUUGCAAGCACCUGUCGAAGCCUCUUUGGAGUUGUCUUGCCUCUGGCCUCUGCAUCAAUGUUUCAUACCUUGGGAGUCGCCUGGGCCUGCAGUCUCCUUGCAUUUCUCAGCUUAGGCAUGGUCGCCAUUCCCUUUGUAUUCAUCUGGUACGGUGACAGUAUUAGGGCCAACAGCAAGUUUUGCCAGCAAUUGAAGGAACUCAAGGCAAAGGAUAAGGCUGAACAAGCUGAGAGGGACCGGGAGAGGGAAAACUCGCUGGAGCGAGAUCAUGCCCAGGUCACCGACUUAGAAAAGGCCUAGCCUGGGCCAUUCAUCCCAUUUCACUCGUCGUUAUGACUGAUAGAAACGAUAGACAUGCCCAUAGAUAAAAUUGUGGUACUUAGAGCCGGCGCUUGCACGGCAGCACAUUGUUUUGGAAAAAACAAAUC